UCCAUCCAGCGCAUGCUCUACUCUGACCUGCGCCCGCAGUGUUGCCGUCGCUGCCAAGAUGGCGGCGCCUGAAGUCCCUUCGAAUAAAAUCAACCUGUCUAUGCUGAUAGACUUCUUGCUUCAGAAGACUUACCAUGAACUGACCGUCCUCUCAGAGCUCCUGCCAAGAAAGCCAGACAUUGAAAGAAAAAUAGAAAUCGUCCAGUUUGCAAGCCGCACUCGUCAGCAAUUUGUGCGUCUUCUUGCGCUGGUCAAAUGGGCAGGAGGGGCCAAGGGUGUGGCCAAGUGCCAAGCAAUAUCCACCUUCCUGGAUCAGCAGUCUAUGGUGUUUGUGGACACUGCCGACAUGCUGGCCAGGAUGGCCAGGGAGACUCUGGUGCAGGCCAGACUACCAACCUUCUGUCUCCCUGCUGCUGUUGAUGUGUUGACAACAGGAACUUACCAACGACUACCAACAUGUAUAAGGGACAAAAUAGUCCCACCUGAUCCUCUGUCAUUGUCAGAGAAGAAUAAAACCCUCCAGAGACUGAAUGAAGUGAUUCAACACAGGCUAGUCUUGGCCAGAAUACCACCUCAGAUGGCUAGCCUUAAAAUUGCUGAUGGCUGUGUAACUUUCCAUGUGGAUAACGAGUUUGAGGUCUCCUUGACAUUAAUGGGAGAUGAUCCUGCAUUGCCAUGGCGACUACUGUCAAUCAACAUCCUGGUUGAGGAUAUAGAAACUGGAGAUGGAAAACCUCUUGUCCACCAGAUGCAGAUCAACUACAUCCACCAACUGAUCCAAUCCCGACUAUUUAAUGAGGAAAGCCCUCUGGUUGAUCUCUACAACUGUUUACAUUCAUUCUGUCUUUCACUACAGUUACAAGUGCUACAUUUCCAGGCUAAACAGCUUAUCCAUGAGCGUUGGCAUGAAAAUGUCAAAAUUGAAAGCUAUGCUGUGGGAAAGACCUUAACCCUCUCAUACUGGAGGACAAGCCCUUCGCAGCACUCACAAAGACAGGUUCAAGGGCACGCCAUGACCAUCAGUUAUCAAUCAGACCAGAACCCUGGGUAUUUGUCUAUCAGCCAUCAGCCACCGCUUCCAGUGAACAGCAAAGAGGAUUGUCUCGACAAGGUUAUGCCAAGUAACCUGUGCAUAGAGCGACUGUUGAUGCAGAGUGUGAGAUUACAGUCGAUCACAAACCUAAAGAAUCUUCUCAGUCUUCUAUCAGAGCAUAUCAACUCAAAAGUUUUGUUGGAUAGGUGCAUGCCAAGCCUAGCCAUACAGACAUGCAAACAGGCUACACCCUCUGAAGUCCUGAUAAUCGCUGUUGACACCAGGACAGGCAACUUUAAGGUGUCCCUUGGUGAUGGGGAAGAAAACCUUAUAUGUACAGACAUGGAAAAGGCCCUGAAUGCAGAUCCUCAAAAGUUCCCCACACUGCUUGGUGAUGCAAGAUGCCAGCUUCACCUUCACAAGUGUCGUCGCUCAGUGUCCCUCCUUCCCAUCAUGCCUCUGUCCUACCUGCCACUGACUGAGGUGUCACGUGGUAAACUAUGCAUGCUCAGUAAACACCACAUGUUCCUCAAGUUUAAGAACCACCCAAACUUCUUCCUGGUUGUGGAGGUAAGCUCAGCUGCAGAGAGUGACAAAGUCUGUGUGAAGUACAGUCUACUAAGGACCAAAUCGGUAGAUGUUGAUAACCUGGAACCCGAGGUGUCCAGACGGGACAGUACCGUGAAGCAGGAAGACAAGGGGGGUGCCAGCAUGCCUGCUGGUAAUGUCCAGCCACUUUUCCUGGCCGUCAAGCAUAUAGUGGAAGUCAGUCCUGAGAGAAUGACGGAUUUCCCAGGCACCAUGAUCAAAGGUUUUAGUGAUGGUAAGAUGGAGAGUGUUCCAGUGAAAAGAAAGCAUGACUACUGCGAGGAGGAGAGAGCCAAGAGGAUCAAGACCACGACAGAGCUGUACAAGAAGUGCACCAACACCUCGUCAUUCCAGGCCGAACUCAGCCACAUUGUGUGCUCCUGUGACGGCAGGAUUCCAUUCGUCUCAUUGUGUGAGGAUUUGCGUCGGCAUGGAGUUGUGCAUAGCGGCGUGACCUCAGAAGCUGCGGUAGGCCUGUGUGUCGAGAUACCGCACCUCCCCACACCCCAGGGGUGCAAGGAGGACCUUGUCACCACCCUUCACAGUAACAUGAUCAGCUGUACCCUGAGGUUUUCGGGUCAGGAGUAUGCACACUGCGAUUUUGAGAUGUACUUCGCUUAUCCGCCUUUUCUCACUGACAGUGAGAAGCUCCAAGCCAAGCGCAUUGCUCUCAAGUAUGCCUACACGCAACCAGAGCCUGGGGCGAGUGAGCCCGGGGUAGUCCAGAAGUUUCUCGAUGAUUGGUGUUGUAUAUGCAAGCUCUAUGCGCAUGCGCUGGAUCUGGACAUGUGUAUCAAAGACAAUCAGAGUCAUGUUCGUCACAUGUUCCGCGUGGAGUCCUACACGUACAGACAGCUGACCUUGCAGUAUGAGCCAGACAGACAGAACAUGGUCACUGUGGAGUGGUCCGUGGCUGAGUCGAAGUUCCUUCUAUCGUUCAGCCACAGCGGUAGCAGCGACACUGACAACCCACAUCGAAUCAUGGCCGAGCAAUUACAGAAGGACUUCAACAAGAGGCUGAACCUCCCCUACCUCAUGCAGAUACUGCACGAGACCUGGAAACCCCUGACCGCGCUAGGAAGGCUACCAACACGCCCUACUCUUGGCGUUAUCACGAGGCCGCUGAUGCCGUACCGUACGUUUGCUGUUAUCCCCCAGUCGCCGACCUCUGUCCACUUGUUGUACCGCCCCACCCAUGCGCUGGAGAUUCACUUUAAAGCGAAGAACUUGCUUUCCAUCAGAGACGCAUCGAUUAGCUCAGUUGACCCCACAAAACCCAUGGGUAUGCUACAGACCAUCACAAACCUGAAGCUCUUCCUUCAGAUUUACGUUGAUGACAUUGCAAAGGCUGGCGGGAUACCUUCCCGGCGUGCAUCUGGCGCAGAUGAUGAGGGCCCGCCUUCCCCUCUAAACACAGAGAUGGAGCCACCAAUCGACGUGCAAUUCACCUCGCCCCAGCCCAUGCCUGGAAGAAACUCCUCUCCUAUUGUACCACGUGCUUCGCCCCAGCCUCCUACUGCCAGGCCUUACGGAACAUCCCCGGGCACGUCUGCCAUGAGUCCCAGCAAUCCGUACUCCAGUCCCUCCCCUAUCACCCACUACAUGGUAAACUCGCCCGCGCCAUACCACCCUAUGGCCUCGCCGGCGAUGUCACCAGGGGGCCAAGUCCCCAAGUACAGACAAUCCGGCGCUGUGGCAGUCACAUCCAAAUUACCCACGACUCCUCCGCGACCUCUUAUCGCGCGGGGCUGGGCACUAACCACGCCCACAAUCCUCUCCCACGCGGCCUUCACCAAGCUUUGCAGUCCCGUGAUGAGCGUUGGUCGCCAUGGUAACGUCAGUCCCCUGGAGAUGUUCAUGGGCUCAAUGUUCCUGAAGAAGCACUUUUCACGGGCUGCCGCCAGUGACGACCUGAUCACUAUCGUUAAAGCGGACGCUAGCCGCAUACUGUUCAAGGUGAACAACAAUAGCCCACAGUGCAACCUGCAAUGCGUGCUUAGUAUGGACACUAAGACAUUCACCUCCCUUCGGCUGAACCUGAGCCCCAUCCAGCCGCAAGAUACCAUGUGGACCCAUGAUGUCUUGCGCACCCUGGAAAGGUUCUUCGAUACCAGAGUAGCUUGUCCGCCAUAUAAGGCGAACAGUAUGACGUCGUUUGUACGUAUCUUGACCGCGGCGCCAAAAAUCCUCUUGGAUCUCAUCCGGCUCAUCAAACUAGAAAUGAAUCCCGACCCGAGUCACAAGUGGCGGGUGGAGUGGUGCCUCAGCAUGCCUCCUUCGGCACCGGAAGUUGCGCCACCAGGCACACCAGCGGUCGUCCUAAAGGCGAAAAUCUUUAUUUUUAUUGAGCUAACUCGUCAGGGGGUUCCGGGGGGAGCAGGAACGCGGGAUGAGAGCUCGGUGUUCGUGCCGCUGCUUUACCAUCCGCAGACCAACACCACACAGCAAGCGGAAAUGACGCGAGAACCUGGAACCCAGUCCAGCUCGUCUGCUGCCAUCAGCGCGUUCCUGAGGCGCUGGAACGAGAGCGUCGCAUCCAAGACAACUGAAUGCACAUUGUUCCUGGCGGUGCAAGAAUUAGCCAAAAACCUGGUGUUACCGACAUCGCCAUCAUUGAAUGACCAUUAGGAUGUGUUACCGAGGAGAGACUGGACCGAGAAACGUCCGCUGUAGUCAAAUAGGCGCGCAGUGCAUUUUGGGGUAGACGGCGCGCUCUUAUCUAUGGGAAUAGUUCCCGCAUCCACCGUAGAAGUGGCAAGCUGAAGUUCUUGUAAUAGUAUAAAUAGUAAAAUAUCAUUACUGCGAUUCCGAAUAUUCUGCAAACUCCCGUCAGCGAUUUGAAACCAUCUCCUUGCUGGCCAAUCAGUAUUGAAAACUACAGUAAAACGUCAAGUUAUUAUAAAAUAUGACUUGGUGGCAGACGAGUAUAGAUAAUAAUAAUAGAUAAGAUAAAGAUAUUUAACAGAUCGAAAA